AGGGAGAGAUCGGAGGCGCCCCGCCCAGUCAGCAAGGUUGCGCGUGCCCCGUGCGGCCGCCAAGAUGGUGGUGGGCGCGUUCCCUAUGGCGAAGCUGCUAUACCUGGGCAUCCGGCAGGUCAGCAAGCCGCUUGCCAACCGCAUUAAGGAGGCCGCCCGCCGAAGCGAGUUCUUCAAGACCUAUAUCUGCCUCCCGCCGGCUCAGCUGUACCACUGGGUGGAGAUGCGGACCAAGAUGCGCAUCAUGGGCUUUCGGGGCACGGUGAUCAAGCCGCUGAACGAGGAGGCCGCGGCUGAGCUGGGCGCUGAGCUGCUGGGAGAGGCCACCAUCUUCAUCGUGGGCGGUGGCUGCCUGGUGCUGGAGUACUGGCGCCACCAGGCGCAGCAGCGGCACAAGGAGGAGGAGCAGCGCGCGGCCUGGGACGCGAUGCAGGACGAGGUGGGCCGCCUGGCGCUGGCGCUGGAGGCCCUGCAGGCGCAGGUGCAGGCGGCACCGGCACACAGCGCCCUGGAGGAGCUACAGACGCAGAUGCGGGAGGUGCGCGCCCAGCUCUGCGCCCCGGACCCGCCGGCCACGCCCCAGGCGGCAUCCGCGUGCAAGGUGCAGGAGUCUGCGCAAGCGUGAACUUGGCCAUGGUUGUGUGUGCCCCAAUGUGGCCUUCUCCCCGUACUGCCCCCACCUGCGCUGGCCCUGCGGAAACCCCCAGGAUCUUGAUGGAACUUGGAUUCAGUCAGCCCCUCCUGGCCUGCGGGACCUUCCACGGGGGCCAGGCCCCAGCGGUGAAGCCGUCCCCCCGAAUCGCCCUCCAGCCCUGACUCAUCGGUACAGCCCUGAAGCACAUGGACCUGUGCGGUCCCAGCCAGGAGGACAACAGGCUCACUCUUCCCGCAGGAGGAAAAACGAACCGGACUUAAGCUGAAUCAAGCUGUGACCCUACUCCCACCCCCACCCCCAUGUCUGUGACACCCUUCCCUUGGACGCUCAUCCUUGUCACUGGGACACCCCUCCCCCUUGGUGGGUCAGCACAGACCAUUGUAAAGAAAUGCAGCGUGGUUCGUGCACUUCUGUCCCCGGCGUCUAAGGUGGGCUCUAGCUGGGUUUCGCCACUCUCUUUGAGGGGCAAACGGGGGAUCCUGGCCUGCAGCUGAUCCACCGAAUGCUCUGUCUUCCCCCCUUAACGGGAGCUGAGGUACCCUGCUGUGACCCCAAGUGGGAGAUUCCAAAAGAUCCCCCAACACCUCUUUGUGGUGGAAAAAUGACUCCUGUCUAAGGCUAAAUCCAGCCCCAGCCCCCUGUUUAGCUGUCCUCCAAGUUCCUCAGUCUUUCCUGACAUGCCCUCUUCCGUGGCCUCUCCCGACACAAUGUCAUCACAUUUCUCCUGUGCCAUCCAGAUCUGCUGACCUCUGUGCCCUUGCCCUUCUCCCGCUGGGGCUCUGGACUGGUCUGGCCGUCCCCCUUUACGCAAUGGCACCCUCGUGCCUCCAGAGCCCUCGGCCCCACCUCCAUCCCACUAGACUAGGCCACCCGUUGGUCUUGACCUUUCUGAGUUUCCUAGGGCUACCAUAAACAUGACCACAAACUUGAUGGUCUAAAACCACUGAAAUGUGUUCUCUCACAGUUCUGGAGGCAGAGAUCUGAAGCCAGAGUCUCAGCAGGGCCAUGCUCUGUCAGCGCUCCAUCCGAGGGCCCUGGGGGGCCAUCCUUCCUUGCCUCUCCUGACUUCUGGGCACUUCAGGCAUUCCUUGGCUGGUGGCUGCAGAGCUCUAGUCUCUGCAUCCAUCUUCAUGUGGCCUUCUCCUCUUGAGUCUCUUAUAAAGGCACUUGUCUUUGGGUUUAGCCCCCUUCCCCCAAACCUAAGGUGAUUUCACUUCAGGGUCCUUAAAUUAGUUUACAGAGUUGGGUUUUUCUUCCCAGAUACGCUCAUGACCACAGUUCCAUGGGUUACUGUGUGGACAUGUCUUUGGGGGAGCCACCAUUCAACCCACUACACCUCCCCGCCCCAAAGAGGACACUGGGACUCUUGCCAACCCCACGGGACACGUGGCCUUCCCCACAGGGAUGAUAGGAACAAUCCAGAAACCAGCCUUUACCACUGGGUGCCUCUCCUGGGAACCUCACCGACGCGGGAGGUCUGUGUUAUGUUGCCCUAAUGAAAGAGCCCCAGAGUGAGGAAGACAACUUUAGGAUGUGUCUGAGGACAUAGGGAUCUUCAAAAUGGGGGCAAGUCUUGUUAAAAUGAGAGAAGCCUAUGUGUGUGCAUGAGCAACAAUCCUGUGAACUCUUUCUCUGAUGCAGAAGCUGAGACCCAGGGGAAGCAAAGGGACUUGCCCAAGGCCACGAAGCCCGUGAGGGACUGGCUGACCAAGGUGGUGAAGUAAUCAGAGCAGGGUGGGGGUUGGGGCUCAGUGAGGGCGAUGGGAGAAGAAGGGGUGCAGGUGCUAGAGAGCCCCGGUAGGGGUGAGGGGAGCAGGGAGCCGGUUACUGGGGAGGAAGGGUGGUUAGGGAUCUCCACAGAGACCCAAGGCAUUUCCCAGAGGCAGCAUUGAGAGUGGGGGUGGGGAGGCUCAAUUUCUGUUCCAAACAGCCCCAGACCACACCUGAAAUCUUAGCAUUUAGUGAGCAGGGUCAGAUCCAAGAUCUAUUCUACCUGGGCUGGGUUCCAGCAGCUCGAGAUGAAGCGGGAGGGGCCGCUUUCUCUCAACUCCUUCCUCCCUCACCUCUCUGCCAGGGUGUGCUGGGGCAAGGGGGCCCGGGCGGGGGGGAUCUGGACACAACUUCUACCCAGACAGAAACCCAAGAAACUGGGGUCCUGAAAGAUCAUCUUUGUCUUCUAGAUGAAGGGGAGAAGCUGAUUAUAGUGGGAGCUGAGGAGGUGGCUUCUGGGUGGAGGUGUCUUUACAAUCAGAAGUGACCUGAGUGGGUAAAUGAGAAGAAGAUUCAGAGAGAGUGAGCACUGUGUGGAUGGGGUGAGGGACGGAGCCAGGUGAGCGGGCUCAGUGCCCGGUUUCUAUGGCUACUCCUGGGGGUGCCCUGGGGCACUGACCCAUCUCUAGAGCACAGGUCGGGGGAGGUCAGUGACUGUGAUGUGCUCCCCACUCCCAUGAUGGCCAUAGAUAGUGACCCUUACCAAUAUUUUCUUCAUUGCAUUCAUGGGAAAAUGGAGGCACGGAAAGGGGGGUCACCUGCCCAAGGACACACAGGCAGGAAAGAAGCAGGAGUGGGACCAGAGAUGGACCGUCUGUACCAGAGCCCAAGCCCCAUACCCCUACGCCAGUCUUGACCCUGAUGCGCCAUUACUGUCCCGUCUCCGAGACUCAGACCUCAGAACUCAGCCCUCCGUGUCCUUCCGUGUGGCCAGACGUUGUGGGAUGCGUUGGCUUCAUGCACUGGGUGGGAUCAGGGUGUGUGAAAAUGCAAGGAAUCCCCUCUUGAUGCACGAGGCUGAGACGGGAGCAUGCUUCAUUACUCUGGUUUCCUACUAGCUGAAGUUUUGUAUAUAUUUGUGACUUGGGGAGAGGGGUAGAAUAAAUUCAUAAAUGGGG